CUCCUCCGCCCUCCUCUCCCCCCCUUUCUCCCCUCCCCACCCGGAGGAGAGGCGCGGAGUGACCGACGGAGCCAGAGCUCCGGCCGCUCCGACACCCCCGCUCUCCUCCAUGGGGCUCAGCUGGUAAUUUCUGCUGCGUCAACACCCAGCUCAAGGGAGAGGAGAAGAGACAAGGGGGCAUUUUAACAGCAGCUCCACUUGCGAAUAGCCAGCCUCAACCCCGGCUCCUGCAUUCAAACCCUUUCCGCCCCCAAAACCCCAGCAUCCGUGCAAGUUGGACCAAGAGUUUGUCAGGAGUGUGGCUCAAAACUGCUUGGAAAAAGGGAUGAGGACAUCUGAUGAACCUUGUGGAGCUUGUGACCAGAGGCCACUCCCCUCUAUUCAUUAAGUCAUGCACCAUCCAGCUGUGAAGCAUUGGGACAUUUAUUUUUGCUAACAGGAAGCAUUUCCAAAUAUUGCUCUGUCCUUCUCCUACCAGAGCUCACCCCAGUGCUCCUGGCAGAACAGUGCCCUGCCUGUGCUGCCCUAGGGCUGUUGAUGUCCUCAGCUGUUGUAGGAGAAACCCUAGACCUGGAACCCAGUUUGUUACUGGACUUGUGGAAGAGGAAACACAAAGACUUCCAGAUGAACAACCGAAAGGAAGAUAUGGAGAUUGCUUCCCACUACCGUCACCUGCUGCGGGAGCUGAACGAGCAGCGGCAGCACGGGAUCCUCUGCGACGUCUGCAUCAUCGUGGAGGGCAAGAUCUUCAAGGCCCACAAGAACGUCCUGCUUGGGAGCAGUCGGUACUUCAAAACCCUCUACUGCCAGGUCCAGAAAACCUCCGACCAGGCCACUGUCACCCACCUGGACAUCGUCACAGCCCAAGGCUUCAAGGCCAUCAUUGACUUCAUGUACUCAGCACACCUGGCGCUGACCAGCAGGAACGUCAUCGAGGUGAUGUCAGCUGCCAGCUACCUGCAGAUGACAGACAUUGUCCAGGCCUGUCACAAUUUCAUCAAAGCAGCUCUGGACAUCAGCAUCAAGUCUGAUGCCUCGGAUGACCUGGGGGACUACGAGCUGGGAGCCCCUGCCAGCAGCAGCACGGACGCUCUGAUUUCCGCCGUGGUGGCCGGCAGGAGCAUCUCUCCCUGGCUGGCCCGGAGAACCAGCCCUGCCAACUCCUCUGGAGAUUCAGCCAUCGCCAGCUGCCACGAGGGAGGGAGCAGUUAUGGCAAGGAGGACCCUGAGCCCAAAGCUGAUGGCCCCGAGGACGUUUCCUCCCAGUCCCUGUGGGCCGGUGACGUGGGGUAUGGGCCCCUGCGUAUCAAAGAGGAGCAGGUUUCUCCCUCACACUAUGGAGGGACUGAACUCCAUUCUGCCAAGGAUAGUGCAAUCCAGAAUGCCUUCUCAGAGCAGGGAGUGGGGGAGGGCUGGCAGCCCACCGGGCGCCGGAAGAACCGGAAAAAUAAAGAAACUGUGAGGCACAUCACACAGCAAGUGGAGGAUGACAGCAGGGAAAGCUCCCCAAUGCCAUCUUUUUUACCUGCCUCGGGAUGGCCGUACAGCAGUCGAGACCCAAGUGCUGAUGUGACAGUGACAGAGCCCAGCAGCUCUGACAGCAGAGGGGAGCGACCAGACCCCUACAGCAACCCUGAGGAAGCCCUGCUCGGGGGGGAAGGCAGCUACAUCUCCCAGCCCCUGACUCCAGAGAAGGAAGAUGCCCUCCAGGCCGCCACCGUCGCCAACCUGCGCGCGGCUCUGAUGAGUAAGAACAGUUUGCUGUCUCUGAAGGCCGACAUGCUGGGAGAGGAUAGUUCUCUGCUGUUUGAGUACUUACCCAAAGGCACCCAUUCUCUCUCCCGGCCUGGCACCAACUUGAAUCCUUCAAGGGGUGAAUGUGAUGGCAAAGUGGAAGCACCAUCUCCCCUGCUGCCCUCAGCACACCUUGCCACUCGGAGCCCCUCCGAGGUCUGCUCAUCUGGUGACAUGUCACCAGAAACCAUGGCCAAAGGAGAGAUGCCUUCCUCCACCCAGGCCACCAAGAGUGGAGUUUUAGCACUUUGGCAGCUGGAUCACUUCAGUUCAGACACGGGUGUCCUGAGGUCUGAAGACACAGAUGGAGCCACUGGGGACCUGGUCCUGGAUUCAAGACCAAGAGGCUGACCUCUGCUUUCUGCCUGGGGGUUUCCAGUGUGCUGCAGAGCUGAGGGAGCACCCCCAUCCCCACCUUCUCUCCAUGCUUCUCCCCUUCCACUUGGUUGGCUGCUCUGGGGACCCUGAGCCUCCCAGCCAGCUCACCCACUGCCAGUGCUCCAAGUGCCAGCUUCACCCUGAAAUCCAGCAUGAAAUCCAGCACCAGGAGAACAUCCCCUCAUCCCCUUCAACUGGAAGAAGAUGCAGUGUGUGCUCCUGACUGUGCCAAGCAGUUUUGGGACAAAACAGACUGAAACAGGCACCUGCUGUCUGGCCUCUCCAUCUGCCACUUCUGGGGCAAAAGCUCCAGGACACAGAAGAAGCUCACCCACCACCUCAAAAGGCUGGAGCUUUUGGACAGUGUAGGACAAACUGAGGAUCCCAAGGAUGUGUAGCUGCUCUUGUGUGUUUGAGACACUUCUUUUAAACUAAAAAAAA